UGGCGAGCCUCGACAGCCCCGCAACAUGCAGGAAGUACCGGCGCUUUGCAUCACCGAAAUUUUUUUCUGCAUACGGCGAGCGAAGUUCGAGGGCGACAAGGCGGGAACCAAACUGCAUUAAAUUAGUACUAAAGUUGAAGAUGCAUUCCACCAUCCGGCCGAAUGCUUGGGUGGCUCUCAAACUCCCGUCUGGUAUCACCAAGGUGAUUCAGAUAACCCCGAACACAACUAUAUCGCUAGGGAAAUACGGCUCGUUCCCCGCAAACCUGAUCAUUGGGCGACCAUACCAUCUUACAUUCGAACUACAAGACAAGCUGCCGAACGAGAAUUUCUCCCGCCUGCGCGUAGUACCGACAUCAGAGCUCUACGCCGAGGUUUUCGCCGACGAGGCAUCGCCAAGCUGCUCAACGCCAGCAGUCGGUGCCAGCGAUUCCAUAAUCUCCAUAGCCGACGGGGAAGAGUUCAGUCUAGUAGAUGACAAGGGGAACGUUGUUGCGCGGUCAAACCGAGAGGUCAUCGACGACAGCGCGCGCCAGACUUUGACUCAGGACGAGAUCGAGGAGCUGAAGCGCGAUGGUAGCAACGCGGGCAAGGACGUCAUUGCGAAGCUCCUCCUGUCCCACACCGCCCUAGACCAGAAGACCAGCUUCAGUCUGGCCAAAUACAAGUUGCUCAAAACCAAGAAGUACAUCCGGAGAUUCCAGGUCCUGCCCAUCGACGUCGCGAGCUUUGCGCAAUGGCAGUUAGAAGAGAGGGAUGCCAACAAGAUACUGGAUAUGCGGGCUGAGAUGAUUGGGCUCGUCGGCUGCUGGGGGAAUGUGCACUUUGCGGGUGAGGAUGUUCUGCUUAGGGACCCCAAUGCGGCCAUGGAUCAGGGGGAAGAGGCUCUUCUGCCAGUACCGCAAGAACCAUUACGUGGAAGGUGGCUCGUGGUGGACGAUACGUGUGGUCUACUAGUCGCAGCGAUGGCCGAAAGAAUGGGCGUGCUCUACCCGGAGGAGAGUGAGGACGCGGCAAGCGGCAAGACUGAAGGUCAGAACGGAGAGAGCGUGGACCAAGCCCAACAACACCCUCACCGUCCUAAAGACAGUGGGGAAGUAGCCAAUGAGGUUUCCAAAGACAAUGGCGAUACGGAGAUGGUAGAGGCAGACGCUGUACCCUCAGCAUCCAAGACCGACUGGAAACCGAAGCAAAAACCUCGUCCCUCCGACUUUGCAAUCCCCUAUUCCCAAACCAACACAAUCACGGUACUACAUGGAGCGAGCCAGGCAAAUCUAUCGCUGCUCAAUUACUGGGGUUUUGACAUCACCUCCCCCAACCAUCCACCACACCCGCUACUCAACCACCUCAUGACACUCACAUGGCUGCAGCUCCUCAAGCCGGAGCUGGACAGUUCUUACUCAACACCGCCACCUACAGCCUCAGCCGAGACGCUUGCAUCCUGGAAACCCAGCCGGAGGGGGAAUUUCCACCGCAAGCGCCGGCGGUUCGCCCGAAUCAGACACAUUGUCGACACGACGAGGGCGGGAAACUUCUCGGGCCUCGUCUGCGCGAGCACCAUGGACCCUAUCAGCAUCCUGAAGCACACCCUCCCGUUACUGGCGGGCGGCGCGCCGAUAGCCAUCUACUCGCCAACGGUGGAACCGCUGGCGGCGCUCGCGGACUGCUUCAGCGUGGCCCGGCGCACGGCCUGGUUGAGCGGGGACGUCCCCGAGAUCGCAGACCUCUCUGUUGAGGAGCUGGAGCGCUGGCCGGGGAAUGAGCGCUUCCCGCUCAACCCCACCCUUGUUCAGGGGACGUCGAUCCAGACCAGCCGCGCCCGCCAUUGGCAGGUCUUGCCCGGUAGAACACAUCCCCUCAUGACGGAACGGGGCGGCCCGGAUGGGUUUGUGUUUACUGGGUGGAGAGCCAAGCCGGCUGAGGGUAAGGUCGCUGCUAAGGGCAAGUUCAAACGGCGGAAGGUCGGCUCGGAAGGGACUGAAAACAGUAGCAUGAGGGCUGAGGUGGGCGUUGAAUGAUCUUGGUUUAAUAGGCAUGGGGCAUAUCGCAGGAUACCACUGUACAAUUACGUCCAUGCUGGGUUUGUGGACAAUAGUAAAUGCCUUUACCGCCCUGCGCUUCAUGGCCCUGUUUCGCGCAUCUUAUCAGGCAGCGCCCUCUUUUCAGACGGUUCACCGAAGUGAACGAUCAUAACCCUUUGCCCAUGAACUUCCGCUUCGUAAAGCUCAACCACCACUUGCUAGGUUUGCUGUCACCCUCG